CAGCGCGCUGCGCGGUGACGUCAAUCGACUGCCCCUGUGCCUGCGCCGAGGAGACCCCGCAGUGAGCUGCCAACGCCCGGCGGAGCGUCCGAGGUUCUCUUUGGAGUUGAUAUUCUAAUAGAUUACAGCAAUGCAGACGAUCAAGUGUGUAGUAGUGGGUGAUGGUGCUGUUGGUAAAACCUGUCUCUUAAUUUCUUAUACAACAAAUAAAUUCCCGUCGGAAUACGUACCAACGGUUUUUGAUAACUAUGCUGUAACAGUGAUGAUUGGAGGAGAGCCUUACACCCUUGGCCUCUUUGAUACUGCAGGUCAGGAAGACUAUGAUAGAUUACGGCCCCUCAGCUAUCCACAGACAGAUGUAUUUCUGGUCUGUUUUUCAGUGGUCUCUCCUUCUUCAUUUGAAAAUGUGAAAGAAAAGUGGGUACCUGAAAUUACUCACCACUGUCCAAAGACUCCUUUUCUGCUUGUUGGGACCCAGAUUGAUUUAAGAGAUGAUCCUUCAACAAUUGAGAAACUUGCCAAGAACAAGCAGAAGCCCAUAACUCCAGAGACUGCUGAAAAGCUGGCCCGGGACCUGAAGGCUGUAAAAUACGUGGAAUGCUCUGCACUUACGCAGAAAGGCCUAAAGAAUGUAUUUGACGAAGCGAUAUUGGCUGCCCUGGAGCCCCCGGAGCCGAAGAAGACUCGCAGGUGUGUGCUGCUAUGAACGUCCCUCCACAGCCCCUUCUGCAAAGCUGGUGUUUGAUGUCAUACUAAAAGCAAUGUUAAAAUCAAACUAAAGAUAGAAAUUUUUAAAAUUUGUUUUUGCAAUAAUGACGAAUGCCCUGCACUCCCAUCUCCCCCACAUGAUCCCUGUGUGAGAUGAGAAUGUUAGUGUUUAUUCCCCAGUGUCCCCUCAAUUCACUUAAACUAGUUCAUUUUGAGUAAUUAUGUAUUAUCAGGAGACAUUGAUCAUUACUAGUUUUUUUUUAAUUUUUUUUUUUUUUGUUCCUAAUUUUUUUUUGUUUAACAUCAAGGCAUGCUCAAUGACUUUUUCUGUAACAGACUAAUUUUAGGCUGUUUAACUGAAGUCUUGCCCCUUACGCUGGUGUGGUAAGACUUGGUUCUCGUUUUUAGACCUUGUAGGGUUGUUCUGCAGCCAGCCAGCAGUCUGGGUAUGAGCAGACUUUAGUCGGGAAAGCAAAAUGUCCCAACCUAGUGCUCCUCUAAGAAGGAUUGUAGAAAAUACACCUUCUCUGAAGUUGCCUUGUAUCUUUUUCCCCUGGCUUUUUAACUGUGCAGGUAAUAAAUUUAUACCCCAUCCUCUAAGUCACAAAGCCUUAGGAACAGAAGGAUGAUUUCUCUGGAUGCACCAUCAGACUUGAGACUAACUUGCCGGUCUCUUCCUUAAUCUUUGCCAUCAUAAUCCUUUGGCUCGUGUUGAAGAAAUAACCACGCCUUUGGAAACACGCCUAGCUGGGUCAGUUGGCUUUUAAUGAAUCUAUCUUCUGCCAAUCCUUAAUUAUUAGAGAAAUGCUCACAAUGACCAGCACAUACACUGCUGCUUGGACACCCUGAAGGGACCUGGGAUAUGCUACAAUGGGUUUGGGAGCUGGCUCUGAUGGUGCAUCUCUUGCUGAAUGGCUUGGCAUCCUUUGGGGAGAGGUGGAAAGAUAGACCCGUGUCAGUUGAAAAGAAGUUUAGGGAGGGGCUUCUGGUGUUUGGUGUGACACCAUAUGGGGACCAGUUGAGGGAACCCCUUUUUGUGCAUUAUGCUUAUGAGUAACCUUGAACCAGUAAGAGUGGCUCCACCCCUGAGGAUCAUGUGCAGUGUCUCUACACAGACCAUCUGCAGUAUCAUAAGGAUUUUACAAAAAAUGUAUUUUGGUUUGCAAAUUCAAAAAAAUUUAAGAUUUAGGGAAUCUUCUCCAUCUUCCACAAUUUCAAUUUCUUGUAGACUCAUUAGUGUUGAACCAAUGCUUUUUCAUGUCUAAGUUCUUUGUAUAUGCAUUCUUUUCAGAUGUAUUAAAAGUAUCUUCACAAGCCUGCCUGAGGGUAGUUAUUUUCUUUGCUUUUCUCCUGAGUGUGAAGGACUUGUAAAUAUGGCUUUUAUCCCUUGUGAGACCCUUCUCUUCCUUGUGAGCUAACUCAAAUCUUUCCUUAAUGUUUAAUCCUUGUCAGUUGGCUUCUGGCCUCAGUCCUGUCGAAAUCGCUCUAGUCUUUGAUGCAGCAUCUUUGCUGUCAGACCCAUAUGAAGAAGAGGGUUUGGUAGUUCUUAAACAAAUAAAUAUUCAGUGUACUCCCAAA